AUGGCGUGGUACUUCUGGGCAGCGCUCCUUGCCGCGGGCAUUGUGGCCUUCAACUUCGGCGUCAUUUGCGUUAGCCUGGGGCCAUCAAAGCAAUUCGCAUUUAAAGAAAUGGGAAUCGAGGAAAAAAGACAUUGCGGUGGUAAACAAUGUUCAAAGGACAAUAAUGAACUUAGCAGGAUAUUGAUUAGCGGUGCCGUUUUUUUGGGAUGUGCCAUAGGGUCCAUUUGUAUCGGCCUGCUUUCUCACUGGGGAAGGCGUAAAUGUAUGAUUCUAAUUCAUCUCUUGAGUAUCGCGGGAUGCGGUGUCGCUGCGAUAGGUAAACACUGGCAAUUGUUCGCACUAGCACGCCUCUCGGCAGGAGUGUCCGUUGGAAUGUCUGGUGUUGCAUCUUUGUACCUCGGUGAGAUAUGUAGCAGCGACAAGCGUGGGCUCUACGGCGCAUUGUACAGCGUGUUUGUUACCUUGGGCGAGCUGCUAAUCAGUUUAUGGCAAUUGUCUCACGCGGGUAGUUUGGAUAGUUUGUGUACCUGUGAUAGUUGUUGUUGUAAUAAGGAUUGCGCAGAGAGGAAAUGUUGUUGCAAAGAUGGGAAACUCUGUACCAACAGUGAGAACUGCUGUAGCUGCACCGGUAGCAACUGCCAGUGUUGCUGCGCAACUAAGACGGAAGCGACUAAGCCUGUGGCCGCAAGACCAGAAGCUGCUAAAACUGCUACCGCAGGGUGUGGCGGCAAAUUAGAAGCCGAUAAGUCUAGUGACAAAGCAAUUUGGCGUAUGGGUCAGUUGUAUGGCGCCCUUGCGAGUCUCGUAGCACUCUGUCUGCUGUUCAUGGUGGUGGUAGAUGACACUCCCUUUAUGCUCGUGAAACGGGGGGAGCACCAAAAAGCAAAGGAAGUGUUAGCGUUGCUUCAAGGUCCAGAUAAGGUGGAGUCAUCAUUCCAAGAAAUUAUGGAAGAUGUAGCUUCGGAGGAAUCUGGUGCGAAGAAAAUGGGACUCUGGGAGGCGUUGUCCUACCCGGACUCGCGACGUGCCUUGUUGGUUGUUUUCGCCAUCGCUAUAUUGCGUCAACUCUGUGGAAUUUAUGUAUUUACCCUGAGUGCCUCGGAGAUGUUUGGAAUGAUAGUGGGUCAGGGAUUGGGUGCUACUGCAAUGGGAAAUUUGUGCCCGCUUACAAAUUUCAUAGUCUGUUGUCUCCUGCCCUUGUAUAUUGACAAGUUUGGGCGGCGCAAGUUGCUAAUUUAUGGUAGUGGUAUAGGUACAAGUGUGCUUGCUGUGUGUUUGCUGUUGAAUACCUUGUGUGGUGAUGGUGAAGAAAGCUCCAACAGCUGCAGAAAAGACUCCAAAAAGGAAGCUAGAUGGCCUCAAUACCUUAUGAUUUUCGGAUGUAUGGUAUUCGUUGCCGCUUUUGCUACGGGAUACGGAGGUGUCGCGUGGUUGUACUUCUCGGAGGCAUUAGGUGCGGAAUACAGAGAUGCUGGUUUUGCGGUAGCCAGUGCCCUCAACUGGCUCGCUGCAGCUUUGGUUGUGAUGACGGCGGAUAAACUACGUAGUGUGUUGAGUAAGAAUGUCUACUGGGUUUAUGUCUUCUUUUCCUUCAUUUCUUGCCUUUUUGCCAUAUUUUUCGUGCGGGAAACAAAAGGUGUUCCGCUGGGUCAGGCGUACAUAGGCGGAGGUUCGCCAUGGUCGAUGCGUGGUACGCCUGAACCCGAUCCAUACGAUUGGCCGCAUGUUAUUGACUCAUGA